AUGAUAUUGGUACACCAAUCGAUUCCGAGCAGAACUAUCCUCAACGAACGGGAAGAAAAAGUUUUGCUCGAAACCGAUGGUUACGAUCACGGACGUGUAAAAGAGGUCGGAGCUGAUGUGGCAGCAGCCGAAUGGAUUGUUCGAUGUGAGGGGAAGGUGAGGUGA